GACAAGCUUAAAAGCUUCUGCAAAACAUACAGAGCGGGACAAAGACUCAGAAGCACAGACACAUCUGUAUCACCUCUUUCACUCUCACAGACAGACGGAUUUCAGAGAAAAUCAUGAUAAAUAUGACGGAAGCUUUGACCACAAUGUUCACAGCAACAGUCACUCCAAAUGAGGAUUAUGGAAGUGGUACCACCACUGAAGAUUAUGACGACUUCGACCUCGACUCCCCUUGUGACAAGAGUAUAGUGCGAACCUUUCGCAAGUACUAUGAGCCCCCUCUCUACUGGCUAAUCGUCAUCCUUGGCUCUGUGGGAAAUCUGCUUGUGAUCUGGAUUUACACGCAGGUCAAGAACCGCCUGAAGACCAUGACGGAUGUGUAUUUGCUGAACCUGGCUGUGGCGGACCUGCUUUUCUUGUGCACACUGCCCUUCUGGGCUGCUGAUGCCGUCAACGGCUGGACCUUUGGCUGGACUCUGUGCAAGGGCAUGUCAGCGCUCUACAAGGUCAACUUCUUCAGCAGCAUGCUCCUGCUUACCUGCAUCAGCGUGGACCGCUACAUUGUGAUUGUGCAGACCACCAAGGCACAGAACUCUAAAGAGCUGCGCCUUAACUACAGCAAGUAUAUCUGCAUAUUUGUGUGGCUGCUGGCCGUGGUGCUGAGCGCUCCAGAGAUCAUCUUUGCCAGUACCAAAGUUGACUCGGAAGGCAACAACUUCUGCACGAUGAUCUACGAGAACAACGAGAACAAUCGCACCAAGAUCCUGGUCCUGGCCCUGCAGAUCAGCAUGGGUUUCUGCAUCCCGUUGCUGGCGAUGAUCUAUUGCUACAGCAACAUCAUCUACACUUUGCUCAAGGCCAGGAACUUCGAGAAGCACAAGGCCCUGCGUGUCAUUCUGGCCGUUGUGGCUGUCUUUAUCCUCUCUCAGCUGCCCUACAAUAGCAUGCUGGUGGUGGAGGCGACACAGGCUGCCAACACAACCAUCACAGAGUGUGACAAGGUCAAAAGUUUUAACAUUGCCACACAGGUCAUGAAGAGCGUGGCCUACACGCACUGCUGCCUCAAUCCGUUCCUGUACGCCUUUGUUGGUGUGCGCUUCCGAAAAGACUUGAUCAGACUGUUCCGCAGGUAUGCUUGUCUGAGAACCAGUGGAAAGAGCAUCAAACCAGGAGCCCCACUGCGCUCCUCUGUUAUGUCAGACGCAGACAGUACCAUGGCUCUCUCGUUGUAAGACUGGCUGCAGGGCGGUUUCAGUGCUUCAGGAAUCUGAACUGUGACUUCAAGAAUGGGACUCAUAGCACUUUUUGCCAGAAAGUUGACUGAAACAUGACAUUCAUUAAGUCAUAGUUGAUCUCCUUUUGAGAAUGUGCUCACCAAAAUGGAAUGAAUUUGUCAUGCCCAGAAUGUUGUGGAAAAGGGUGUGGUCUUCUGCCAUUUGAAGAACAAUGUGAAUGCUGAACCCAGUCUAAGGUGUAUUCUUAGAAUACAUAGUACAGGAAAUACACAUGGACGGUUUGGUGACUACUUUGCUUUUUGAAUACAAGGAUAUUGUCUAUAUUCAAGUUGGCAUUAUUUUAUCUGUUAUGUAUGUUGUAAAGUAAUUUGUAACAUUAUUUGUUAGAUCCAUUUUGGUGCAAGAACGUUGUGUUUGAACUUCAGUCAGUAUACUCUUUUUUAUUCUCACUGUGCUUAUAUGUGAAAGUGUAAUGUGAAACCAAGCCAAUGUUCUUUUAUACGUGCUGCUUUUUGUAUUAUGAGACUGAAUUAAAUUCCAGUUAAAAAGUU